CACAACAUCAUCUGUCAGAAUGAGUGUUGGAUUCAUUGGAGCAGGCCAGCUGGCUCAUGCACUGGUCAAAGGUUUUACGGCUGCAGGUGUGAUUGCUGCACACAGGAUCACAGCCAGCUCCCCAGACACUGACCUACCCACUGUGACCGGCCUCAGGAAAAUGGGGGUGAGCCUGACAACAAGUAAUAAAGAGGCGGUCAACAAGAGUGAUGUGCUCUUUCUGGCCGUCAAGCCACAUAUUAUCCCAUUUGUUUUGGAUGAAAUUGGGCCAGACAUUGAAGAUCGCCAUCUGAUCGUCUCUUGUGCUGCAGGUGUCACCAUCAGCUCCAUUGAAAAGAAAUUGCUUCAAUACCGGACAGCCCCAAAAGUCAUGAGAUGUAUGACCAACACUCCAGUGGUAGUGAGAGAAGGAGCUACAGUAUAUGCGACUGGCACUCAUGCCGAGGUGGAGGACGGAAAGUUGCUGGAGCAGCUGAUGGCCAGCGUUGGCUUUUGUACCGAAGUGGAGGAGGACCUCAUUGACGCUGUCACUGGCUUAAGCGGCAGUGGACCUGCCUAUGCGUUCACAGCGCUGGAUGCACUAGCGGAUGGAGGAGUCAAGAUGGGUCUGCCCAGGAGACUCGCUGUCCGACUUGGAGCUCAGGCCUUAUUGGGUGCAGCUAAGAUGCUGCUGGACUCUGAGCAGCACCCUGGCCAGCUGAAGGACAAUGUGUGCUCACCAGGUGGCGCCACCAUUCACGCCCUCCAUGUUAUGGAGAGUGGGGGCUUCCGCAGUCUUCUGAUCAAUGCGGUGGAGGCCUCUUGUAUUAGGACACGUGAGCUGCAGUUUCUGGCUGAUCAAGAGCGCAUCUCUCCAGCAGCCAUUAAGAAGACCACGCUGGACAAAGUGCUUCAGCAGCCCGGAGUCACAGUCAGCGGAGUGGGCAAUGGAAACGGCAGAUCAGGGCUCAGCCUGUUCAACAACAACAAUCGCAACUCUGGAAUCAAGAAAAAGAACUGAGAGUAAAACGCAGAAAGACAAACCAACGCAUUUCAGAUUACCAGCCUACAGGUGGCCCUGCGUCUCAUAUACUGUACCUCUCGGACAUGCACCAUGCUUGUCGGAGGUAUCCGAAACGGCCAGACCAAUGAUCCAGAUUCCUGUCACCAAAUUAUUUAUUUCAGCCUGUUAUUUCCUACAAAAGUGUCUCGCAAAAGUACACGUCACAUGCAACUAUGUUUUGUUGCACCUGUACUGCCUUGUGUGCACAUCAACAUAGAUGAGUAGUUGUGAAGUGUAUUUUGACUGACUACAGGCAAAAAUAAACAUUUGAUAGCAUUUAUAAAGGGGAUGUUAUCAAGACAUCGCUUGGUACCCUUUUUUUCUAUUGAACAAAUGUCCCACGUAUCACACGGUGCUGUUCGACCAUGAUUGAGAAGCAUCACUUCAGUAAAGUCCAUCCUUACUGUGUAUUUUCUAAUAUUCCAAUUGUUUUGAAUUAACAAUUUUGGAAUGGCAACCACUUCUGGGUUGGGGUUCCCUUUUUAUGCCACAUUAAACAAAUUGAAACCAAA